AUUAACACAUUUGGAAACAGAAUGUUAAUGCUUGAUGGGAUGCCUGCAGUCAGAGUCAAAUCAGAGCUGCUGGAAUCGGAACAAGGGUCUCCAAACUCCCACAGUUACCCAGAUAUGGAAGCUGUACCCCUGUUGCUGAACAGCAUGAAGGCGGAUCCAGAAGAAGAUUCCUUGUCCACAGACCAUUUCCAAACACAAACUGAGCCAGUAGACUUGUCAAUAAACAAAGCCCGGUCGUCCCCUAUUGCUGCUUCGUCGUCACCAGUGUCCAUCACCGCGUCGGCGUCGUCUCCUUCCUCUACUUCAACGUCUUCUAGUCGACCAGCGUCAUCGCCAACAGUAAUAACGUCGGUAUCUUCAGCAGCAUCCGCUCCGUCAGUAUUAACUCCAGGUCCUCUUGUGGCAUCUGCGUCAGGCGUUGGAGGGCAGCAAUUUUUGCACAUAAUCCAUCCAGUUCCACCUUCUAGCCCCAUGAACCUACAGACCAACAAAAUGAGUCAUGUACACCGCAUUCCGGUGGUGGUCCAGUCAGUACCUGUGGUCUACACCGCCGUGAGAUCACCAGGGAAUGUGAACAAUACUAUAGUAGUACCGUUAUUGGAGGAUGGGAGAAGUCAUGUCAAAGCACAAAUGGACCCACGUGGCCUGUCUCCCAGACAAAUUAAAAGCGACAGCGAUGACGACGACCUGCCAAAUGUGACCUUGGAUAGUGUUAACGAAACCGGAUCCACCGCCCUGUCUAUAGCCAGAGCCGUUCAAGAUUCAAUUUCGCCAUUCAGCAUCGAGAGCACAAGACGCCAGAGAAGGUCUGAGUCACCCGACUCUAGGAAGCGCCGCAUCCACAGGUGUGACUUUGAAGGAUGCAACAAGGUGUACACGAAAAGCUCCCACCUGAAGGCUCACCGGAGGACGCACACAGGAGAAAAACCGUACAAGUGUACGUGGGAAGGCUGCGCCUGGAAAUUCGCUCGUUCGGACGAACUGACGAGGCACUACCGCAAACACACGGGAGUCAAGCCGUUCAAGUGCGCAGACUGUGACCGCAGCUUUUCCCGUUCGGAUCACUUGGCGCUGCACCGCCGGAGGCACAUGCUUGUCUGAGGGGGGGAAGCUACCUUGUG